AUGGAGCUUUCCUCCGGUCAAGCUUUAGAUUUGAACUUCUCUCGAGAAUUAUUGGAUUCUGCUCAAGAAUUAAUGGACUCAUCUCAAGAAUUAUUGGAAUCAUCUCAAGAGUUAGUAGAAACAUUUCCUGAUGAAGAGCGUGAUGAAACGCAUGAUGAAACGCAUGAUGAAGCGCAUGAUGAAGCGCAUGGUGAAGCGUAUGAUGAAGCGCAUGAUGAAACGUUUGAUGAAGUGCAUGAAGUCCAUAAAGGACAAGAUUUGGUUGGGAUUAAUGGUCCGUUACCUGAUAAAUGCCUUAUUUCUCAUAUUGAAGGUCGAAAACGUCAACAAGCGUUAACGAAGUUCUUUUUAUUACAUACAGUAAAACGAUGA